UCUAUCAACAAGAUGACAUUUGAGAAUGUCUAGAGGCAUUCUCUCCCAAGAGAGAAAGGCAGAAAGCUCCAGCUCAGUCGUCCUCAGUGAGGGGACAGCAUCAGAUGCUGAUUUGUGAGAUUAUUACCAACUGAGGUAAUAGUGUUUUGGCUCGAGAACUUUGAAAGCUAAGAGAAAUGCAAUUUCCCCAUGAAACUGAAGAAGUCCUCCUUUUAGGAAAAAAGUGUGUAUGUGGAGACUUUCAGGAAAGCGUCUCCAGGUUGCUAUAUGCCUGCGGAGGAAAUCAUUGUCGGCAUGACAUUAAACCUUCCUUCUCCCAGAGAACUACUGCGAUGGCAUGAAUGUCUUGUUUAUAGUUGUGGAUGACCUGCGUCCUGUUCUGGGCUGUUACGGAGACAAGCUUGUAAAAUCUCCAAACGUUGACCAACUUGCAUCUCAAAGUGCUGUGUUCAGCAAUGCAUAUGCACAGCAAGCUGUCUGUGCUCCGAGUAGAGUAUCAUUUCUUACUGGACGCAGACCUGAUACUACCCGACUGUACGAUUUCUAUUCCUACUGGAGAGUGCAUGCAGGAAACUAUUCCACAAUGCCUCAGUAUUUCAAGGAGAAUGGCUACGUGACCCUGUCCGUGGGGAAAGUUUUUCAUCCCGGAAUUUCAUCCAAUUACAGUGAUGACUACCCCUACAGCUGGUCCAUUCCACCCUUUCAUCCUUCUACUGAAAAGUAUGAAAAUGAUAAGACUUGUAGAGGAAAGGAUGGAAAACUUCAUGCUAACUUGGUGUGUCCGGUGAACGUGACAGAAAUGCCCAGUGGUACUUUGCCUGAUAUUCAAAGCACUGAAGAGGCCAUACGCUUACUGAAGGCUAUGAAAACCAAGAAGCAAAAAUUCUUCCUGGCUGUUGGUUACCACAAACCACACAUUCCCCUGCGGUACCCACAGGAAUUUCUGAAACUGUACCCCUUGGAAGACAUCACAUUAGCCCCAGAUCCCUGGGUGCCUGAGAAGCUGCCUUCUGUGGCAUACAACCCCUGGAUGGAUAUCAGACAGAGGGAUGAUGUGAAGGCAUUAAAUGUUAGUUUCCCUUAUGGACCACUUCCAGAGGACUUCCAGCGGCAGAUUCGCCAGAGCUAUUAUGCAGCAGUUUCUUACCUGGAUAUGCAAGUUGGCCUGCUCUUGAAUGCUUUGGAUGAUGUAGGACUCUCAAACAGCACAAUGGUAGUUUUUACUGCUGAUCACGGAUGGUCCCUGGGAGAACAUGGUGAAUGGGCAAAGUACAGCAAUUUUGAUGUUGCUACCCGUGUGCCGCUAAUGUUUUACGUACCCGGAAUGACAUCUUCCUCUGCUAGCCAAGGAGAGAGAGCCUUCCCCUACCGUGACCCCUUUAGCCGUGUUUCAGGCUUGGUACUUCAAGGGCGAAGCGAAAAAACGGUUGAGCUUGUGUCUCUUUUUUCAACGCUCGCUGAACUUGCUGGCCUGCAAGUUCCUCCUGUGUGCCCAGAGACUUCAUUUUCUGUGGUGCUGUGCACUGAGGGGGCAAGCAUUGUCCGUUAUUUUAAUUCCUCUGAAGAGAAGCUGGAGAAAGUAGAGAAGGAUGGGUGUGAUGACACUUACAGAGGUUAUCACGAAGAACCUAUUGCUUUCAGCCAAUAUCCCCGGCCUGCAGACACUCCUCAGUGGAACUCUGACAAACCAAAGCUGAAAGACAUCAGAGUCAUGGGGUAUUCCAUGCGUACAGGUGACUACAGGUAUACUCUGUGGGUUGGAUUUAAUCCCAACAACUUUAGUGCCGACUUUGAGGAUGUCCAUGCAGGAGAGUUGUACAUGGUGGAGAGCGAUCCACACCAGGAUCAUAACGUCUAUAACAAUACCUUACAUGGUGGCCUUUUCAAAAAAAUUCUUGGCUUCCUGAAGCGCUAGGGUUCAGGAACUUGUUUGGACCCAUUCUUGCCAGUAAAGUAACAUUUCCUUUUUUGCAUAAAGCAUUUUUGUUGUAUAGAACACACUUGGACUGAAGUAAAAUCCUGUUUGUAUCAAAACAUUAGCUAGUGCUUUUGUCUUGUUACAGCCCUUAGUACACCCAAGUAGUGAAAGUAAAAUUACUUCUGCAACUGUGUUUUCACCUGCCAGCAAGCAACGCUUGUGAACAGGCACACAGGGUACGCAGGCCUGUACUGAAAUAUCUCCAUAGUCGUCAGUGCUGUAGUGACUGAAGAAGAAAAACUCAUUAUCUUUGCUGGAAUUUGUGGUAUGAAAGGUGGCAAAAGAAAAACUUCUGCAUAUGGUAGUCUGUGUGGAGAAUGUUAUGUGUAAGCAAACAGGUCCUAUCUGCUUUAUUGAGGACAUUGGGAGUUUGAGUGGUCAAGGAGACAUGUGGUAGCAAUGAGGAACUGAGGUGUCUGCCAUCAUCAGCCUUAGCUCUGACCAGGACUAAAGGGGAAAUCUAAUGUGUUUCACUAAAUUUAACUCUUUUCAAAAUAAAAGAUUUAAUUUGGAGAUUCUUGCUCCUGUUCAGACAGAGGAGGGAAUCUGAAUUUGGAAUUUAUAGGUAUCAAGUGGAUGUUUUAGCGAAUAACAGUGAAUAAUGCUGAAGGGUUAAGAGGGCACCAGUGUGCUCUCCUUUUCAGGUUUGCAAUGGAUGGCGGUAAUUUGUGUUAUGUAUUCUAUCAGCCUACUGGAUUUCUGCAGUUCUAUCUUGAUGAAUGAGGCUUCCAGAAUUUUUUCAUUUCUGCCUGAAUAGAGAAGGACUUGUUCUGACAAUGCCAACUCCUACUGCCUUCCUCACUGAACUGUUCCUCUGAUUCUUGCAAAAAGGGAGAGCCAGUCAUUACUUGUCUUCCUCAGAUAAAGUGACUGCAAUUCAAGAGAAGCCACAGACAUAACUUUAUUUCAUUAAAAUUCGUAUGAUGGCCUUAUAUCUAAUUAAUGCAUAAAUACCCACCAGGAGUUUGAUUCUCCAUUAGAAGACAGCAGUUAUUUAGUGACUUAAACUCAAUUAGAAAAAUAUAUUUCUUAUGAGCUUGUCAUUUUCUUUUACUCUGCCCAAGAUACUGUGUGUUCUGCAAUAUUAUUAUUCCUAAUGAUAACAUACCUUUUUUUCACUAAUGCAUGUAGAAUUAGAUCCUCAGCUGAUGUGAAAUACUGCAGUUCCAUGUAGCAGAUUCAGUAUAGCUAUACCAAUUUCACACUGGUUGAAGAUGUGCUUCAUUCAGAAUGGUGCCAGGCAAAGAUUUGAA